GCUGAAUUUGACAGUGGGAAAGGCACCGUUGCGUGGCUGCGGUGGUUGAAUUGUGAUUAUACAUGCAUUUGCCUUAAGAUUACAAUAUUUUACGCUCUCCCACCGCUUGUGCUCUUCUGCUGUGAAAUCUGAACAGACAUGGACCGUGUUGAAGACAUUGUGGUGCAAUGGAUGAACCUGUACGACCGAGCAUCACCGGCUACAGGUCUACCAGAUAUUCUGGAGCCCAACUUUCUGUAUACUGUGUUGGAACAAUUCAAGCUCAAGUUCUGUAAAGAAAGUGGCCACAUUCUGACCACCCUGGAAGACUUUAUCAAUGCCCGCUACCCGAGCCGCCCGGUCAAGUUCUCGUGCGUGCGCGAGGAGAAGCCGUCGGAGCUGCUCCGGCUGGGCCUGCUGCUGCUCUACCUCACCGCCGUGCAGGAGCCCGACCGGCGCCUCCGGCGGCGGCUGCAGAAGCUGCCCGACGAGGAGCAGACGAACAUGCGCUUCAUCUUCGAGCGGCUGAUGAAGACGGGCAACGUGACCCGGGAGGACCUGACCGGGGUGAUGACGGCCGUCGCCGAGAUGUCGCGGCUCUCGUCAGCGUCGCUGCGCCGUCUGGUGGACUCGCCCGGCUCGCCGGCCGCGCCGUCGCCCGACCUCUACUCGUACUCGCCCCACCCCGGCAAAUCACCGCUCACCGACAUGUUUGAGUCACCGAUGCUGGAGGAGGUGGUGCGGCUGAACAAGGCGCUGAAGCGAGCUGAGAAGGAGCUGGCCGGCUGCCGGUUGGACGCCGCCCGCGCCGCCGACGAGUCGUCCGAGGCCCGGCUGGAGGCAGAGCUUAGCGCUGCGCGUGCCGCCGAGCACCGACGACAGGUGUCGCAGCUGGAGGAGCGGCUGGGCGAGGCGCGGCUGCAGCUGGGCGAGCUGCAGGCG